AUAUUAUGCAACCCAAUAUACAUUAACGGUGUAUUUUGUUACGUGGCUAGAAAAGUAAGCCAGAUAAAAAUGUUUUGCAAAUAAAUUUAGCGGUAUUUGAAAAUUAUUUUCCUUCGAUGUGAUGCCGUGUUAAAACUUAUCGGUUUAGAAAAAGAAGAAAUUGGGAAAAAUUCAUUUUUGUAACUUUUUAUCCAAUCAGAUGCGUCAUAUAUUUUGUUGCCUAUGUAGUGUGCAGGAGGUAGAAAAUUGGGUGGCGUUGUAAUGUCAUAAACAGGGCAAAAAGGUUAAAAGUAGACGAUGGAUCAGCAAUUUUGUCUAAGAUGGAACAACCAUCCGACAAACCUAACAGACGUACUAAGCAGUCUCUUAAGAAGAGAAGCACUAUGUGAUGUAACUUUAGCUUGUGAUGGAGAAACUUUUAAAGCCCACCAAACGAUCCUCUCAGCAUGUAGCCCCUAUUUCGAAACAAUUUUUAUACAAAAUUCCCACCCUCAUCCGAUAGUUUUUCUUAAAGAUGUCAAUUACAACGAAAUGAAAGCACUAUUAGAUUUUAUGUAUAAAGGUGAAGUGAAUGUGUCACAAAAUUUGCUACCGAUGUUCCUAAAAACUGCAGAAGCCUUGCAAAUUAGGGGUCUCACAGACAACAAUUCCUUAAGCAAAAAUGACGAAUUAUCAGAAGUGCCAAGAAGGGAAAGGGAUAGGUUAGUUGAAAGAGAUAGCCCUCCGGUGGAAAAAAGGAAACGAAAAUCAUCGUCAAACUGUGAUAUGACAUCAAACUCUGACAGGUUUAAUGAUACUCAGGCAUCUCAAAGAGCAAAUCCAAAUGUACCAAAGUUAAAUCCCAUAUCGCCUGUCGAUAGGGAUACAAAUUCAGGUCCAGAGGAUAUGAGAAUAUCUUCCCCUUUGAUAAAACAGGAACCUCUACACGAUUCCAACCUAACAAUCGAUUCCUUUCAUUCAAUGUCAGAAGCAUUACAGACGGGUGGAAGCGUGAGCGUACAUCCGGACGACGUGAAGCUAAUAGGACAUCAAAUAUCCGAUUUAGCAGACAACGAAACACCUUCUAUUCCUCCACCAGAAAUAACAGAUACGAUAGACGGUUCAAAAACCUGGCACAUGCGGCUAACGUUUGACAAGUUGCCGGGUGGCUGUAACCUGCAUCGUUGCAAGCUGUGUGGGAAAAUAGUGACGCACAUCCGAAACCAUUAUCACGUGCACUUUCCGGGCAGAUUUGAGUGCCCUUUAUGCCGAGCCACCUACACACGCAGUGACAAUCUCCGAACUCAUUGCAAAUUUAAGCAUCCGCGCUACAACCCCGACACAAGGAAGUUCGAUCAGCCGAAAUUUGAACCGCCCAAUGCCAUAGCUAAUGACACACCGGCCGAUUGAUUUUGGCUUUACUACUAUUUUUAUUAUAGAGCUAUGUACGAGUCAUAGCUGGGGUGUGAGCGCUAAUUAUCUAGCGCUUAAGAAGUAGGUUGUACAUUUUUUUUCUUCUGGAUUUCAUUUUGAUUUUAUUAACCGUUUAACAAUUUUUUUCAAUAGUACUUUGAUGAUAUCUAAUCUAGAUAUCUACUCAAAAUAUUAUGAAAAUUUAUCAAAAUAUUUUCAUUUGGGGUUGGUAGUAUUAAAUGAGCCACUAAUUUUACCGAUGAACAUACCAUAACUAUCCAUUACUAUAACUUUGGUGGUUGAUGAGAUUUUAACACUGUUGUUUUAUCGUUUUGACUUUCUGGACAAAAUAUAAUUUGAUUCAAAAAGUUUUAAAACGCUAGAAAAUAAUAGUAUUAAAAGUACUACUUAUUUUGGAUAAUCAGAUUUGUUUUUAACAUCGAAUAAACAAAUUUUUAUGAUUUCGAUACUUUUAUAUGGAAUCCGUUCAACAAAAUUAAUUUCUAUUUUCAAAAUUCAAACACUAUAUGGUGGAAACUUAUUCUAAAUAUUUCCAAAUUGUACUUUGUAAUUUAUAAUGCUGUUAUCAUUUAAUUUUUAAUAUAUCCGAUAACUUCAGAUUCCUCUUAAAUGUCUUCGAGUAGAAUUUUGAAUCGAUUGGACCUACCAAUUUCCUUAAGAAAUAAUUUGUAAUAAUAUUUUCUACAACUUCAACCCCUUAUAUGCUUAUUUCAAAUCGCUGAUCUAACUUGACAAAACUACACACAACUUUUUAAAAAUUUUCAUAAAUUAUUACAUAUAAUAUAUAUAUUUAAAAUAAAUUAAAUACUCGUGGUUGUAGCUAUGACAUAAAACUAUGGAUAUAAAUAUAUAUAGAUUUACACAAAUAUAUUUAUCUAAUCUGGAGAGGCGGGAUAAAUUCUUUUUUGAAAACAAAAUUUUCCCUAUCUAGUCUAAAAAAUAACAUAUAUGUAUACAUCUUUUUUUUCCCAAUAUUUAGAGCAAACCUCUAUUUGAAUAUAUUUGUGUCAAACACAUUGAACUUACUAUAACCUAAGAAUAGUAAAAAAUCUGUGAUGUUUUUUGGAGUUCGACCCAAUUAAAAAAAAUUACUCUUUUAUAAAGACGAACAAUACUUAUUCAUAUAGUUAGAUUUAAAAAAAAAAGAAAAUAAAGCUUAUACCGUCCGUCAAUUAGGUUAUAAAUCGUGGCGGUAACGAAAAAAAUAUUCACAUUACUUUAAUAGUUACCAAAAUAAGUGAUUUAUUACAAAAUUUCUUAAUUAAAUGAUACUACUCCAAAGUAUUUUUACAAUUUACAUCGAUAAAGCCUUGGUAGGUUUUUCUAAUAGUCUAAUAGUUCCCAUGGAUCCGUAUAUCUAGUAUUUGGGUUUCAUAUUGAUUCCGUAUGUCCAUAUUAAUUCCAUUGAACUGUAUCUUCGACUGAAUUUCAAUAUUAGUAUCACCAAACCUAACCUAACCAACGUUUUUUAAAAGCUCUGGACCUUCAACUUCCCAUUGUUUCUGAAAUCGAUGAAAAAGCACUUGCGAAAUCUUUUACUUAUAAGUACCAUACCAUUGAAGAACACAUAAAUGGUCUUCCAUUCUUACCAUUUUUGUUAUCCCCUGCCUUAUGCUUACCUAUAACGGAUAAAAAAAGUUUCCAGAAUUUGGAGGCAGGUGGAAUUUUUUUUUCGAAAUUUCUUAGUUUUUAUUCAAGUUGAUUCUUUUUGAGAUAUGGGUUCUUCGUAUCAACCUGGUAGUAUUUGUCUAGUAAAUGCGUUUUCAGGAUUUGGUGGAUAAAUUUGUUUUUCAUGCAUAAAUUCUGAUACGGAAUAAUAAAGUCUUUCAAGCAGAAAUGCUUUUGUCAAUCUCCGGAACUUAUUAAAUAUUUUUGCCAUUUUUAAUUCUAAUUGUAGCUGAUUGAAUUAUUUUUUACCAGAUCAGAAGUGGGUAUAGUUAAGUAGAUGUCCAAAAUCUUUCUUUUAGUAGUUGAGUUGCAAUAAUGUUUGCGAACCAAACAAAACAAUUUGAAGAUAGUUUCGAAGGGGUGCAAACUACGAGACCCCAAGAAAUGGUUAAGUUGGAUAAAAUUUUAAGAAGAUAUUUUAAUGGGAGGUUGAUUUAGAUUAGUUACAUUUAAUUAAGAAUGACAACAAUGCGAACACUUAUUUUUUGUAACGUUAUUUCAUUAAAAAAUGACAUUUUCUCAAUCUACAUUUAAUAUCUAUUGCCAAACUAACUAGUUUUACAUUUAAGUGCAAUUAUUUUUUAUUAUGUAUUACCUCAUUUCUUAUCUCAAUUUUUAUUAAUAUAUUUUAUAGUUAGAAACUUUAUUGUAAAAUAAUACUAAUUUUAAGAUUUAGAAUUUACUCGAAUUUUAUACAGUACCUUGUAUUUAAGGUAUUUUGCGGCCUUUUUAAUAGAUAUAUUGAAUAUAAUGGAAACUGUUACAUUUUGAUUCUAUUUACUUGUAAAUUUACUUAACGAAUAUUUAUACUACAUAUACAGAAUGUCCCAGUUAUAUUAAUAGGUAUAUAGAUUCGUUCUGGGACAUUCUUUUAUCGAAUUGUUAUUAUUUUGAUCAGAUCAUUUUUAUUAUUACCAACAGUGUAUUCUAAUUAAUUUUUUUUUUGAAAAACCAUUCGAAUAAACACAAAGGACUCCUUUGAAGAUCAAUGGGUAGCUUAAGAGAAAGAAUGAAGUGGUUAAUGAAAUGAUAAAUCCGUAAACUUAAAGGAAAAUUAUGGAAAUGGAAAAUAAAUGAAAAUAGGAGAAAUAUGGAGUAGAAAAUUGAACGUGGUAUUAAAUCUAACCAAAAAUAUUAUAUAGAACCAAUUGAAAUAGUAAAAAAUAGUCAUCGUUAAAUACAAAUGGAGCAACUAGAGAUAAAUGAACCAUUAAGAACGAAAAUAUGAGAAAAGGAUAAUUAAUAGACGUGAUAUUAGACGAAUCAUAACAAAAAAGGAUUUUUAAAUGUUUUUCAUAGAGGAAAAAUGAAUAAAACUAGGAAAAACAUAGAAAAUAAUCAUUGUUGAUAAACUAGCAAACACGAAAUGAAAAAUCGACCUUUUACAAGGCGGUUAAAAACAAAAAUGUGAAGGAAAGGCAUGGAAGAAGGAGGAUAUUAGAUGAAUCACAAGAAAAAUGGAUCGAAAUGUUUCGUACAUGAACAACAAUAGCCACUAAUAAACAAGAAAUGGAAAAUCGACCAUUACAAACCAAUUAAUAACAAAAAUGUGAGAAAAAUGUCACUAAUGGAAAUGAUAUCAAAAAGGAUUGUAACUUCUUAACAAGAAAAGGGUUAAUUUGCUUUUCGAAGAUGGUGAACAAAUGAGCCUAUAAGAAACAUGGAGAAUAAUCACCGUUGAAGGCAAAACGAAGUAACUACCAAACAAGAAAUGGAAAAUCGAUCAUUACAGACCAAUAAUAUGAUAAAAAGGCCUUUGAUAGACAGAAUAUUAAAUGAAUCGUAUUGAAAAAAAAACAAAAUGAAGUUACUAGCAAAUAAAAAAUAGAAAAUCUACUUUUAAGGAUAAACCAACGACAGAAAUGUGAAGAAAAGGUCUCUAAUAGAGAUGAUUCCAAAGAAAUUGCCCAUUUCAAACAUAAAGAACAAAUUUGACAAGAAAAACAUCAAACUUUACUUUAGUUGAAGAUAAAAUAAAGCAAUUAGGAAAUAAAAAAAAUGGAAAGUCCACCUUUAAUAAGAAAACUACUACCAAAAAGGGUUGCAACUAUUUUCUAUAGAUUACAAAUAAUUGAAAAACUGUUCUGUACAGUGUAGGAUAUGAAAAAUUCAAAUCGAUAUCUAAGGACAUCUAAAAACAAGGAUAUCACAGAUGGUUCAGCAUACAAAGAAAUAAAAUGACAUGUGGCUAGACUACUGUAUACACAGGUAACAGAUGGAAGAAUAGGUUACGGUUGCGAAAACCGACAAAAAGUCAUACUCUUAGAAAAACCGAUAAAUAAAAGCAAAUAAGCAUAUACUUUAGGCCUGUUGGUUGAAUACAAAAAAAUUUGAUGAAAAAAAUAGCAAUAAUACUUCGAGACGUUUCAAAACACUUAAUUCAAAAUGAUAAAAUACUCAGUAUAAACAUUUUUUACACAUUACAUAAAUUAAUUGUAAACACGCUGUAUAUAAAUUAUCCGAUAAUAUCUUAAAUUCUGUAAGUGAAACUUGUGUGAUCGUAUUUUUAUUUUGUAAAAGAAGAUAAAUACGCUGCUCCCAAAAUAUCGAAAGAAACUAUCAAAAUCUGGGCGAGUUGGGGUAGUGUAUGUGGAGACAGGGUGAUACCGAAAAAGAAAAUAAAUAGUCAGCGGUAUUAUUUCAUCUAAAUUUCACAGUGUGUUAUAGAGUUUUUCCAAAAAUUAAAGACCAACAUCAAAUAGGACAGAUUUUUAUAUACAAGGUGUCACAUUAAAAAUGGAAUUCCACUCAAUGACGCAUUUGUGAUUAAUCGCCCUAUUUAGUCCGGGGUAUUGAAAAUUUAUUUCAAAUUUAUAUUUAAUGUUAAAUAGACCGGAAAUGUUUGAACUUGUAAGGUUAUUGUGAAAUGGACCGGUCUAAAAUGUCAAUUGAUUUGUACCAGUACUUGAUGUAACGCAAACCUUAUCGUUAUUAUUAAUUUUCUAGUUCGCGUUUAAUUUAUUAAUAUAAUUUUUAUAUAUUUUAUUACGAAUUUGCCAACGAAUUUAAGAGAAAAAUUUAUUUUUUUACAAUGUCGUUUAUAAAACUUGAAUUUUAUUAGAGAGUUUUAUGGACAGCUUUGUAUAAAAAUAUUGAAUGAUAUCUAACUUAUAGUAGUGACCCUUCAAGAUAUAAUAAAAAGACCUCGCAUUAUUUAAAAUAUAAGUUAACAAGUUACGCUUUGUUAUUUAUGUAAAACAGAAUUCGGAAGCGAAUAAUUGGCCAUGUAUUUUUUUUAAAUUGUUAUACAAGUUUUCCAAAAAAAAGUGUCUAGGGAACAAGAAGGAUUUCAAAAAGUGUUUAGGAAUUAAAGAUUAUUCCAAAAAAGUGUCUAAAAAGUGAAAAGUAUUCCAAAAAAGUGUUUAGGAAAAGAGAAGUUAUUCGAAAAGUGUCUAGAAAAAGUGAAAUGUUUCAAAAAGUGUUUAGAAAGCGAAGGUUAUGUCUGAAAAGUGUCUAGGGAACAAGAAAAAUUUCAAAAAGUGACUAAGAAGUGAAAAUUAUUCCAAAAAAGUGUUUAGGAAAAGAGAAGUUAUUCGAAAAGUGUCUAGGAAAAAGCGAAAUGUUUCAAAAAGUGUUUAGAAAGCGAAGGAUAUGUCUGAAAAGUGUCUAGGGAACAAGAAAAAUUUCAAAAAGUGACUAGGAAGUGAAAAUUAUUCCAAAAAAGUGUUUAGGAAAAUAGAAGUUAUUCAAAAAGUGUCUAGGAAAAAGCGAAUGUUUCAAAAAGUGUUUAGAAAGUGAAUAUUAUUGCAAUAAAGUGUUUAGAAAAUGAGAAGUUAUUCGAAAAGUGUCUAGGAAAAGUGAAAUGUUUCAGAAAGUGUUUAAAAAGCAAAGGAUAUGUCUGAAAAGUGUCUAGGGAACAAGAAGAAUUUCAAAAAGUGUCUAGGAAGCAAGGAAUAUUCUUAAAAAUUGUCCAGUAUGCUAAUAUAAUAAAGGAAGUGAAAAAUAAUUCAGAAAUGUCCAAAAAGUGAGAGUGGAUUUGAAAAAAAAGUGUCUAAGGAGUUUUAUAAGUGUCUAAAAAGUGAAUAGAGUCUAGAGAGUAUGGACAGACAAUUCAAAAGAUAUCUAGGAAGCAAGAAAUGAAUAGUACCUAAGAAGCGAAAAUACAUUCUUUAAAAUAUCUAACAACAAGAGGCAUUUAAAAACAUAUCAAGGAAACAAUAACAUAUUUCAAAAAUUGUUUAUAAAGCGAGGACUUCAAAAAAGUGUUGAGAAAGCAAUAGGACAUUUCAAAAAAGCACUAAGAAGAGAGAAAGUAUUUCAUAAGAGUAUUCAGAAAGCCAGAACGAGAAAGUGUCUUAUCAAGUGAGAACGUUUUUUGAAAAAUUGUCUAGAAAACAAAAAAUAUCUCAAAAAAGGGUCCAGAAAGCUAGGAUACACUAAAAAAAUUGUCAUAAGUAUCGAAGACUUAUUUCAAAAAGUGUAAUAGUGAAAGAAAAUUUGAAAAAAGUAAAAAUAUGAAUUCAUGAGUUUGGAGUACACAUAUUAAUAGUAUGAAGGAUAAAGGGAGAAGAAAUUCUCAGCCUACUUACUUCAUAUUCCGUGAAAAGUUAAGUUCUGGUACCAAAAUGAACUUUUAUUCGCUUCAGAAUUUUACACACUAAAUCACAUCACUUACGUGCAGGGUAACUCUUUCAUUAGAUAUUCAGUUUUUACUUAAAAUAUAAAAAUAUUUUGUUGAAAUUUGCGCAUAUGUAAAUAACUAUCUCUUGCCGAGACGUUAUAUAUAUAAAAAAAAAUAUUAUUUUAUAUUAUAUAGUUAACGCGAAAAGACGGUGGUUAGUUUUUAUAUUAAUAUAUUAGAUAUUAAAAAAAAUUUCUAAACCGUAUUGGCAUUAAUUAUAAAAAAAAAAUUAGGAUGGAGUAAAACUAAAAAGAAUGUGAUAUGAUAAGGAUUGGUGCUAAGCAACCUUGUACUACACAAGUUUUAUUAAUAUUAAAAAUUGUGCAAUAUUUAGUUAUUACGGUAAAUUUCUUUCUUCUAUUUUAAUUCCUUUUCUUCUAUUAACGAAUAUUCUUGUCUGUUAUUCUCAAGGAUAUUUGUUAAAAUACAAGACGGUACAGAAUUACAUAUUCCAAUUUAUAGAUCUGAUGACACUUCUCCAUAUACAUUUUUUUAACUAACAUUGUAUAACAAAGGAGAUACGAUCCCUCACGAGGGUGAAUUAGGAUAUUUUACCAUUAUUUUUUCAUUACGAAGUCAAUUUCGUGUACACCACUCAACUCCAACACACUUGGAGGGUUAUUACACCGCAUAAAUAAAAAUCCAAAUAUUACAAAGCAUUAUUUUGCUUAUGAAUGUUUGAGGAAGGACAUGAAGAGUAUUUAAAAAAAUGUUUAGAAAGUGACGGAUGUUUCUAAAAAGUGCCUAGGGAACAAGAAUAAUUCCAAAAAAGUGAAGAGUAUUUCAAAAAGUGCCUAGGAAGCAAAGAAGUGUUUUUAAAACUUGUCUAGUAUGAUAAUAUGAUGAAAGAAGUGAAAAAUAAUUCAAAAGUAUCCAAAAAGUGGGAGCGCAUUUCAAAAAAGUGUUUUAAAAGUGAAGAUACACUUUAAUCCGGACCCCGGAAGUAUUUUCGACUUUUCCUUAUGUUUAUGACAACUACAUAACGACCACCACCACUAUAAUCCACUCUUUGAAUUAUCUACAUGGUUAAUUUUGGAAUUCGAUGAACCAGCUGAAGGAGAACACAUAAAAGUAUAUUACGAAAUCAUCAGGAACUUCUACUACUAGGUUGGAAACUAUAGAACAAUUUUUCUCAUGUUGGCGAAAGUGCUGUUACACUAGUUGAUACUAUUGGGAUGAGGUUAGAAUCAGAGCACAUUUUAGUAGAAGAGAUCGUUGAAAGUGUGACCUACCACUAUCUACCUCAAGCUUAAACUCAAAUCCCAAAUUGAUUUAAUCAUUAAAUUUGUUGCUGUCAGUAACCAAGAGAACAUAUCUGGGUAUUAUAAACAUUUAAGGCACCUCCUUCGACUGAUUAUGGAAAGAAUCAACCCUAAAGGGAUGUCAAACUUAAAUUAUCAAGUAGCCUCUUGUGAUACUCUCCAAAACUACCCGGGGUGGUGAUACAGUUUUAUAAAAAAUAUUUUUAUACAUAUUAUAGCUUUAGAAAUGAUUGAGAAUAAUUCUGUACCACCUUGUAUAAAAAUAUCUUGUACAAUUGUAUAAAAUGCAGUAAAAUUGGGAUUGUAUAAAAUAUGAUCUGUAAGUUUGUUGUUGUUUCAUUCUGUUUUGUAUAACAUUUUGUUGUUUAAAGGUUGCGGUUAACUUUUUGAUAGUUAAUUUAUAUUUUAUAUACACAUAUUAAUAUAUCUCUAUUGUGCUUUUAAUAAAUUUAUUUUAUAAAUUUUCAUAUACAUUUACUAUGAAUUUGAUUCAUAUAAAUUUAGGUAGUGAAAAUAUUGCCAACGAUUAGGCAAUAUACUGAUGAAUGUUGUCGUUUUUAAGCGAUUUCUUAAUAAAUGCAUACAAUAACCAUGUAAAUUAUAAACCGAAAAGCAUAACUACAGCCCCACCUGAUUAUUUAAAGAAAUAUUUUAUCAAUAUAAUGAAAAUUUUUUUUUAAAUAGUGGAGGUAUAGCUAUGCUUCUUAGUUUAGGGUCUGUUCAAUAUUUGUGACUUUUCACAGGUGGUAACAAAACCCAAAUAAUUUCUAGACCCCAAUUUAUUAAUUAAUACUAACAAUUCGAUUGCGAAGUCCUCCUUUUGCUAAAAGUUCUUUGUACAGUACUAGAAUAUAGAUGAAUUCGAACAGUUCUCUUAAUUUUCUUUUAACUCUGUUCUUAUUUAUAUAAAAAUUAUGAUUUCUUUAAUUUCUGAUUUCUUAGACCUUUUCUAUGAUUAUGUUUCUAAAACGUCUUGAUUUUAAGUCUCUUUUAUUAUAAAAUUAAUUUUUUUUCGUAGUUUAAUUAGUGAAAGUAGUGGAAAGAUCAAAUUUUUAUCUGUUUUUCAAGAAUUAUAAAAAAAAACUAAUUUUAUAACAGAACAGGCAUAAAAUCAAGACGAUUUAGAAACAUAAUUAUGAUGCUUUACUCAAUUACAAACCAAAUUUUCCCAAUUUAAGCACUACUUAAUCUCUAAGAAUAUUUUAUCCUUUUGAUUUAAACUCUAUUGAAAUUUUUUUACAACACAUUUACAAGAACGGAAAGUAUGUUACUUUUUGUUAUUGUUUAUGUAAAGUUUAUUAUAGAAAUCGCGAACAACAUUGAGGAUCUUUUAAACUCCUCAUUUGUAUAAUAUGAACUGUUUUAUCAUACGAUUCAGAUAAGGCGUUGACUUGUGAAAAAUCCUGCCUUCCAUAUUUGUUAAAAUGAAUUCAGAGAGGUAGGACUUGGAAAUUGUGUGACUGCAUUUUCUUUCACGAUAAGUUUUUUCACAACUAUUGUUUAUAUAAUACAAAAUAUUCUAAAUAAGUUCAAUCAAACAUCACUGAACCGAUUAUUUUCACAAUAUUGGUAUAAUUUUUUUGUUUCAUAUCGUCGUUGUUUUUGCAGAAGUUACUAGUCCAAAAAGACACUUUACAUUUGUCAGAACAACAUCUCUUUGAUUUUAUAAGAUUACAUUAUCAAAUGUUACCUUACCUCUUUUAUAGAAGAUAUUACAUUGUCUAUCCACAUAUUUUCGGUAGUUUAGUUUUUAAUUUUAUGAAAUCGGGAACGUUUGUUAUUAUUUCAAAGUCUUUUAAAUGACACAUCAUUCCAGUAGUUCAUUUAAAUCUGCGGCUUUGUUUUCUUCUUCUUUUCCAUGAAAUUAUGAGGACUCGUCAAUUCUAGCUCUGAAGCUCUCUCGAACUAUUCUACUUGUAAAAUUUUGAUAAGCAUUAAAAAACAAAAAGGAAAAGUUCAGAUUUUCGAAGUUCCACUGUAGUCGCAACCACACAAUAUAUAAGGUGUGGUAUUGGUCCAAGGAAAUCUAAUUAACAAGUUAUACGAAAAAAUGAAUUUAUUCAAAUAAACAUAUUUUUAAAAUAACUAAAAUAUUCACGCAUUGACAUAUUUCUUCUUCUUUUUUGUGGCGAAGGGCUUAAUCCGUAAUGUACACAGUUCAAUUAUGUCACUACGAAACUAUAAGGAUUCGCAAAUUAUUUUACGUCCGGAUUUUCCAAAUACCCAAUAUACAGGGUGUAAAAUUGGUGCGAGUACUCAUUGACAGUUCAAUUAUAUCAGCGGUGUUCUUUUCUUUUGCACUAUGAGGUUCAUUGUUUUUAACGCAUGGAUUUUCGAUGUUUCCCUCUGGUACCAAAUAUACAGGGUGUGGCAUUGAUACAAGGAAGCCUAAUUACCAAUUUACCACGUAAAUAAAGAUUUUUUUCAUAAAAUUUAAAGGUUCAUUCAUACUUGUCACUUCGUAUAUUCGUAAAAUAGAGUUACAUUGUUAUACAGGGUAGUCUAAUAUGGUGUCUAUUUUAUGUGCAUAUGAUAAAUCAUUGAACUCAUUGAACUGUUGGUGUGUGAAAAGUUUGGUUAGAAUAUCGAAUAGUAAUUUAUUUUACUCUAUCAAAGAUGUUGAUUAUGAUUUGAAUUAUUUAGAAUAUUUGUUUUAUUUUCAAAUUUGGUUUAUAAGUGUUAUUAUCGUGAAAGUGAUUGCAGGAUGAUAGUUUCUUAAAUAAUUGUUGUAAUUUUGUGCCAACGUUAGUGCAAUUAGGCGAACAGAUCGUUUCGUUUGUUCAAAACAAACAUUGUGGUUAUGAAAAUAAAGAUCAAAAACUACUUAACGGUUGAUGAUAUCCUGUUCGAAGAAACGUAAAUGCUCAAAGAUCAAAAAUAUAGAUAUUAAAACAAAUAUUAUGAAGAUUUUAAAAUAUUUAUGCUUUGGUGAUUUUUCAUAUUUUUCAGGUCCUUUUGUUACUUAAUUAAAAAUUAAUUAGUUUAGUGUUUGAAAUAUUAAAAUUUAUCUUAAGAAUUACGUGCAUUCAUUAAAAAGCAUUUAUAUUGUAUUUUAAUAAGUUUUAUUAAAAAUGGUGUGUUUUAGA